UUAUGAAGAAAAGCUACAGGUUAUUAAAUGUACUAUUACACGCGACAAUAGGCACAACUUUGAAUAGACUGGUAUUGAAUAGUCAAAUAUACCCAGUCGACUGUAGAUCACUUUUACUGGAACUGAUACUUUGGUUAUCAUUAUCACAAUAUGAGGUGGUAUAUAGUACGCAUAUCAACGCACGUAUGGUUUUGGUGCACAAAUGUCAAAGCACGACUGUUCAAAGAAUACGCGAGGUAGCUAAAGGUGCGCAUGUGUGGUACACGCCAACACAGAAUUUCACACAAAUCCUUGGGAUUGUGGAACGAAAGCAGACUUGAGCGGAUAUUUUGCUCGCCACCGGUGCAGUGGAUGAGGCAAGAACAUUCCCAUGGCCACGUUGUGGAUCGAGAACAAACUGGAUCGCGACUCCUCUUCGUUUAUUAUGGUGGUUGACAAACUGGAGAAACAUAUUCUAGAAAUGGACGACGGCAGCUACAUCGAGUUUGAUGUGUCGGAGUUCAGCAACACCGUCCUGACUCAGCUCAAUGAGUUGCGACUGCAGGGCAAGUUAUGUGACAUCAUUGUUCACAUUCAGGGUCAGCCGUUUCGCGCCCACAAGGCCGUCCUGGCAGCUAGCUCCCCCUACUUUCGAGACCACUCGGCUCUCAGCACCAUGAGCGGCCUUUCAAUCUCAGUCAUCAAAAGCCCUGAGGUGUUUGAGCAGCUUCUUGCGUUCUGCUACACAGGUCAUAUGUCCCUGCAGCUCAAGGACAUUAUCAGUUUCCUCACCGCCGCCAGCUUUCUGCAGAUGCAGGUCAUUAUUGACAAGUGUACUCAGAUCCUUGAGAGCAUCCACUCCAAAAUAAGCCUCCCAGUUAAUACCUGCAGCCCAGAGAAGGAUGAUUCGCAGAGCAGUCGCAACGGGGUCAACGACAGCAACCUCUUCGUCAACCCUACGCAGAUCUCCCCCCCUUACUACUCCCGUCAGAGUCACGCAGGCCACGAAGCACGCUUGGAUCUGGCAGGAAAAGGCCUGGGUCGUGGGCGCCUGCAGCAAGAGGAAGGCCAGUCAGAUCGUGGCAGCACCGAUAGUGUGUCAGAGCAUGACGUUCCCAUGGAAGGAGAAAUGGAGCAAGUGGAACUCAUUGGCAAAGAUGGCCAAGUAACAGAUGUGCACGUGAAAGUGGAGAAAACCGAGAGGCCUACCUACUCCGAUAGUUCCUCGGCUGGCGAUGACGGCUACCACACCGAGUUGGUGGACGGAGAGCAAGUUCUGGCCGUGAGCGUGGGUUCUUACGGUCCAGUUAUCCAGUCUGCUGCCUAUUCCUACUCAGGGCUGUCUUCCCCGUGCUUUGUUAACCUCAGCAGCUCCAGUCCAUCCCGUUCCAUCCUCAGUGGGUUCAGAGGUGGUAGAGCCAGAGCAAAGCGCCCCCUGGCCAUCCCAGCAGCGGUACUGAGUCACAUCAAGCAAGGUGCGGACGACGGCGAGCCCGCUGUGGGACCCGCCGUGUUGGAGAACGACGUGCGAGAGCGUAGCCUGAGGAGUCAGUGGUACCCGUACAACGAACGACUCAUUUGCGUCUACUGCGGUAAGACGUUCAAUCAGAAAGGGAGCCUCGACCGUCACAUGCGCCUGCAUAUGGGCAUCACGCCUUUUGUUUGUAAAUUCUGCGGCAAGAAGUAUACGAGGAAAGACCAAUUGGAGUACCACAUCCGUGGCCACACGGACAACAAGCCGUUCCACUGCCAGAUCUGUGGAAAGUGCUUCCCGUUUCAGGGCACCCUUAAUCAGCACCUGAGGAAGAAGCACAUGGGAGCGUCCGAGGGCAGCAAUCACAUGGACUCUCCGGAGCGGACGGAGGGAAGCUCGGGUCAGAAGGACCAGGAGGAUGCCGCUGAGGGGAUAGCCUACGAGGCCCAAUAUGCAGAAGAGGCACCGGCCACUGAUAUGGAGGAGAGUUCCAAAUGCAGUCCAGAAGAGGCUCAGGCAUCCAGAUGUGAUUAUUAGGUUCUGCUUCAGGUUCAAGAAGCUUUAAGAAAUGUUAAUUUCAAAUCGACUUAAGGACUUUUCAGCUCCCUCUGCUAUAGACGUUUCUUACUUUAAGGGGUGCUGCUGCCGAUUUUGUGAACGCUAGGUGUCAAAUGCAGAGUAAAGCGAGUUACUUCGGGAGCUACGUACGUCGUACUAUUUUUGCUGAGGUCCCAUUUAUCUAGGCCCUCCCCCCCCCCCCCACCCCAGGAUGAUUUCUCUUUAUAUCUUUCCAUGUUUUUAAAAACAUAUUUACAGAGUUAUAUAGGCAUGUUGCAAUAAUUGAAAAUGUGAAAGCUCUGGUAAGAUGCUUGUCAUAUCACCUUUUUACCUGACCUGUUUUUGCACAUACGGCCACAGGAGGUCACUCACUCACUCACUAGGAAUUAUCUUUUCUUUUUUUUAAUUGCAUAGCUUUUUGUGACAUAUCCGUUCAAUACCUCAUGAUACAACUACACACUCAUCACAGUAUUCUCACGUCAAUGGAACUUACUUGGUUCUACCUCAUAGCCAAUAAUUUACCGGGCGCAGACAAGUUCACUGUUAGAACUCCAUUUUAGGGUGUAUGUACAGUAUUUUGCCAAACCAUGUGUAAAGAAUAUUCUCUCGAUAUAAAGCCUUCAUAGACGGGGGAAAUAUUCCUUGUUGAUUGUAUUGGUUAGACUAACAAAAAGGAGAUAUGCUCAAGUGAGUACAUUUUGUCUGAAAGUGUGUUUGUUUUUUUGGGAACAUUUAGAAAGAGGAGAACAAAAUAGAUGGCCCAGGAUACUUAAAGAUAGCAGUUUGCUGUCUAACAUUCAUUUCCAACAAACCGCAGAAUAUUUACCUCGUCACAAGUCCUGGUGGCAUGCUCGUCCAUAAGUCACGGUUUUCGACACUGUUCACUAUGAAAAGCGGCUUUUAUGUGAAGUCCACCAUACUGUACGUCCCCCCCGCCCCCACACUGGGAUGUCAAAUUUACAUCAGAAUGUGUAACUUGUUUUUGACCCGAGUUAGGUUAGGUAAGCUAGAACUCGUUAUUCAUUCAGUGCCGUCGCAACAACUCCGGAUCCGUUCACACACAGUACAGCAAAAGUACUCGUCAAUAAUAUGCAAAACGCAGCAAAGGAAUCUCAGCCAUUUUAACGUGUUUUUUUUUUUUUCUUCCGUUAUUUACAAGGACUAUUGUGUUUUUUCUUUCCGUUUUAUUUCAUGUUCAUUCUGUCCUACCUGCCAUCUUUGUUCUCUGCAUUGGUGCGGAUCAAAUAUAAAUGUAAAGACCAAGGUUAUUUUCAGAAGUCAAUACCACUUUUUGUUUGAUAUGUGUGGCUAAAACGAGAGAGAACUGUUUCAAGGUGGUGGAAAGAAGUACGUGAUACAAAGUAUUGAUGCACUUUGCAUAGUCAGUAGGUGGGAUUGAUGUCCCAGUGAUAGUUUGCUAAUCUCUUUUUAAAUCUGAUGCUGCAUUGUCAAGAGUAGGACAGUAGUACCAACACAGGAGUUACUUACGACAUGAUGAAACUCUGCAACCACAUGAUUACUAACGGCUACAAAUCACGCAAAAGGCUUUGUUGUGUUUUAUCGGUUUAUUGAACCAUAGGGCUUGGGCGUUGGGUAGAAGGUAGUAUACAAAGACUGUUUUAUGUUGAUAGUGAUUUUAUAGUUGAUUCUUACAAGGCACUUGUAAGGCCUGAUUGAUUAUCCUUUCAAGCGGUUUGGUCAUUUAAAGCUCCGCUCGUGCGGUCUUUCUUUGAUACAACGUUGCUGUCUUAUUUUCCAUCCAAAUGAGUUAAUGCCUUUCUUGUGGUGCAAUUUCGCUAUAUAGCAAUAUGAAAUGUUGUUUUGCCCAGUUGGAUCAAGAGGAUGGCCAUUAUCAUUUUUUCAUGUGCAGUCCUUAUAUUUACUGGGCAGUUGAGAAGUUUAAUCAAAUUUGGUCGUCGUCUUUUUUGUUGUUGUUGUUGUUGUUGUUGUUGUUGUUUGUGUGUGUGUGCGUGUGUGUGUGUGUGUGUGUGUGUAGGCAUUUAUUCUUUACAGUUUUGGUUGAUAGCCAAUUUGUUUUUUUCCCCCCAACGUCAACAUUAAUCUUAGAAUUGUUUACUACAUUUAUUUCCAUCAUGUUUAUUUUUGUCCGCUGCUGAUGGAGUCUAAUUUGAUUCUGCCAGCCAUUUCCCAGAAAUGAUUUGCGAGUGAAAGGUACAAACUGUUUCAACUCUCUUGUGCCAUGACUUCACACCAAAGAUUAGCACAUUAUUUUAGGUGUACAUUUUUGACUGUAUUUCAGAAGUGAAUGCUUAUCAGGACAAAUGGGUUAUUCAUUAAAUGUAGGCAGAGUUAAUUGCUAUUUGAGAGGAAUGUACACUCCCAACUUAAAACAAUCAUUUGUGUCAAAUCUGAACAAUUUGCGAUGAAGGCUAAAUUAUAAUUAGCAACAUUCAUUGAAGCCAUAAAUACUGUAGCUGUAGUAGUUGGUAUACAUUAUGUGCAAUAGGUAAUGUAAUUGUGUGAAGCCAAUGUAAACACACAAAAAAGAGAGCGUACUUCACAACAAGUGGCAUUUUAAACCUAGUGCCUUCCCACAAGCUUUACAUUUUAGAGUUUGGCACUUAGAAGAAUGUGCCUCAUUUCUUUUUAAAUGAAUUGAAACGAGAGACUUCGAUGAAACCUCGCCACGUGUAUUGUAAAGUCGUACCGACAAGAAAUUAGACGUCUCCAAUGUGUCAUCCAUUUUGUACUUCUUCAGCUCACGUCCUACCCCCCUUGUUCCCUUUGUAUCAAAUGAAAGGCAUGUUUUCGCUUCGGGUUUGAUUUUAUUGUCAUGGGACAAAUGACUAUCUGAGGUAGCAAGUGAUAACAAUCAAAUGAGGCUCUUGCCCCGUACUCAGAGAGAGAUUUGUUUAUCCCUCCACUCUAGCCAGUGAGGACAAUCCCAUUCAUGUGCCGUACUUUUCCGCUCUUUGAAUGAAUGAAUGAAGGAAGGAAGGAGAUGCAUGAAACGCACACAUCUACUUCCCUUUCCUGCCCCAAUAUUGGUUGGAGAGCAGCUGCUUGGAUAUUCAGUGAAGUAUGUGUGCAUUUAAAAAAAUAAAUAAAUAAAUACGCGUACCCUAUACUGUAGUUAAAUUGCACGUUUCGCAACCACAAAAUUGUAUACAAUUGCCAAUGGAUACUUUUGAAACUUGAGUUGUCCUCGAUUGUGCACUUAACACUUCUCGUUAAUAGUACAUAACAGUCCAUCUGGAAAUUGUAUCUAUCCAGCUACGUAUAAUGGCCUCAUUUGCUUUAGCAGGGGCCUUAACCCAUUAAAAAAUAUAUAUUUAAAAAAAAAAUGUUUUUUUUUUUUGGGCUAGUAAGGUUUUUUUUUCUUAUCAAAUAAGUAUAUAAGUCCAUGUAUAGGUAAAUGGCGGGGGUAUUGUUUAAAUGCUUUUCAUGUAGCUAUAUUUACUUAAGUCAUAGUACACACAAAACCAACUGACCUUGACACAAUCUCUGACUUUUUUUUUUUUUUUUUUUUUUUUGGUCAAACCUUAGUUCCACACACAAUGCAUGCGAUGCAUUAUUGGCCACAAGUAAUCAAAAGGAAGUGUUUACAGGGAAGGCUGUCAGACUACUUUUUGAAAUUGCAGCUCAUCCUCUUCUUAAACUCACUUCAGGUAGUUUACAAACACUGAUAUACCGGCUGAGAAAAAAAAAAUCUUACGUCUUCCAUAGCAUUUUUUUUUUUUUGUGGGGGGUCAGUGUCUGUCCACUGUGUAUUAUAAAAAGAAAGCAAUAAACUUUUAUAAAAGUGGUGCAUUUGGAUCAUCAAGCCUAUUGAAAUAUUGCCCUGUCAUAUCAAACAAACUGCAUGUCAGGGAGCUGUUAAAUUUAAAGAGAACCAGGAUAAUUUGAUAUUGAUUAGGGUUGUUUUUUUUUUUUUUUAUAUCUAUAUUUGCUGAAAACUUUUGGCCAGGUUGGCUUCAUCUUUAGAAGAAUAAUUAGCUUACUAAAUAUACAAUGUGUAUAUAUUAAAGAAAACGUGAAAUCUAGUGGUAGUCGGUGAACUGCAACUGAAGAACUGAGCCUGUGGCUCAGUCGUCUGACUGCACUGGGCAGAGUUGCACCUCCAGCUGUGUCAAAAUAUCGAAAGGGAUGUUUGGGCUGUUUAGCCACCUUUAGGGAGCGGGCUGUGUGUUGUCAUGUUCUGAUUUGGCGGACACUUCUGGCUCCUCAGUUUGCAUUUGAUCAAGAUGAGAGGGCUGUUAAUAAGCUCAACAACAAUUCCCUCAACACACUAUAAUGUCUCUGGCUCAUGUAUUUGGGGACAAGGCAAAAAGAAAAAAACAACAAAAAAAACUUCAAACUUUCAACUCAGGGUGUUUCGUGUUUAAAAAAUGGUCUCAUUGGGUAGCAUCCUAUGUCCGUAAUCGUGCGCUUCUCUUCAGGUGUCCUCAAGUCAGUGGUUUCCAUACAUUCUGCCUCAAGGUCUCAAUGAGUCCAUUCCGAUUAUGUUCCGGAGAGCUGAAGCUCGAGGUCCGGCGAAGGCCCCGAAAUGAGUCAUGACAGCACAUGUGCCCAAUCUCCUGUUUUGUCCACUCUCCACACAACCUCACAACCCAACUGUGAACCUCAGAACUCUACUGUUUUGUACAACUAUGAAGUAAAUGAAGCUAGCUCAAGCUGACGUAUCUGUUGCCAUUUCUUUGAGUUUUAUUUUAUAGCAUGAAAUAAAAGUAUAUUUAUUCAAAUGAUAUAUUUUACUCAUAAUCAUUCUGUGCAGCUUCAUUUUGGUCCUUAAGCUUGUAAAUUGCUUUUUUAUUAAGGAAAAAAAUGUCAAGAGAAAAAUGCGUUUGUAAAAUAAAGACGCUGAUUUGGCAA